AUAGCAAAGCACAAACCUUAACCAACGCCUCCACUGUCUCUCUCUUUUCUCAUAUGGGUGUAUGCCCAAACAGACACACACGCACAGACACACACACACACACACACACACACACACACACACACACACACACACACACACACACACACACACAGACACACACACAGACACACACACAUCUCUCAUCUCGUGUCCUCUGACAACACUCGGCAACUUCCAGGCCUGGAUUAAAUUUGAAAGCUUUAGAAGAUGCCAUGACUGUCCUCUGACUUUUGCUUGGCAAGUAGAGUGCUUCUAAGCAUCAUGGCCGAUCACAGUUCAAUCAACACGUCUGAGUCUCCACCCUUCUCUACCAUGUACCGCCUUCAGAUACAAGGUCAAAGAUCAAACUACAGUCAUGUACAGAACAGUUCUGUGAGCAGAAUAAACCAAUAUGAAGAUAGCAGCCUUUUGAAUGAUCCUGCUAACAAUUGUGCCACUGCUGGGACGAGUAUGAAUGGAAUUGGUGAGCAGAUAAAUACAGCAUACUGGGAUAUGGAGUCUUUGAUCUCUUCACAACCUGGUGCAUUCAACAGAACCAAAGCACACAGUGAAAGAUAUGAGGAAGAAUGGAAUUCCAGUUCUCAGCAGCAGGAUUCAAUGGAAAAUUAUGGUAACACCGGAGGGAAUCAUCAAAAACUUGAUUCAUUCUCUGAGGCAUUUUAUAGUCGAAACUUUUCUAGAAUUGCCAAUUGUGUUGACCAGGUUGGAUAUAAUGUUGAGCCAAACAACUCUCCCAACAUUCCACCUCUUCCCUCCCUCUCUUUCCCUCUGGUUUUGAGUCCUCCUCCUACACCGCUGCCUCAGUCAUCCCUUUCUCCUCCAAAACGUGGUCUUUACACACCUGCUGCACAGUCACUGAGCCAAACACAAUCACAGUCCCCUUCUGAAGGUUCUUUGAGGUUCUUUCCACCUCUCUCUUCUACCAGUUCCAUUCUUCCUGGGGGUUUCGCUCCAUCUCACUGGCUCCCACUUUCAAAUGACACCAUUGGGAAUGCAGACCAAACACAACACCUUCCUCAAGACCCGGUUCCAUCUACAGUCUUCUCAGAGGGGAUGGGGAUUCAUCUAAGAGACCUUAGUGUUGCUGAGGGAGACACAGACUGUUCUCUAGAGACAUCUCCAUGUUCACCGCUGGUGCAACAUCCACCCUCACAAUCUGUUCCCAAACUUGAGAGGGAGCAUUACCCUGUGACCUCGGAACAGCACAUGACAUGGUCACAGAUGAUGACAUCAUCCCAACAAUUUUGCCCUCCAAUCCAUGACUUGAACAAUCAGGUAGAGGGACUGAGGGUGCAUGAGGAGACGAAGCCCAUUGCAGGGUUCCAGCGAACACCUUUGUUAUGUUUGGCCAGCUCACAGAAAAAUCCCACGACAGUCUACACUGGAGUACCAUUCCACAGUGUCCUCCAGUCAGGAGCACUGGGGGGAGUUCAGGAACAUGUGAUUCGUCACUACACUGCACUUCCCAUGCUGAAUCCCAAUCGCAGUGGAACAGGGCUAUACUGUAACCUGCUGCCUCCACUAAACCACCAGGAACAAUGGUCAGAGGAAAGAGGACAUUGUGUUCUACAGAGGCAAGUGAAUAUAGGGCCAGAGUUUCAGGCUCAGAUUCCUGACCUCCUGGAGCAGGAGGAAAUAAAGUUGCAGUAUCAGGAACCAUUGCAGGAGGAGUUACUUUGGAAACCAUGGGCAGAAUUAGAGGGGAAUGAUGAUCUACUGGCACGGGUGGAGAAUCUUCUAGAUCUCAGUACAUCUACUGCUUUACCUGGAGGUCUUGCCAAUCUGGAGCUUGCCCUUCAUAGUCUCUCCUUAUGCCAAGGAAAUAUAUUGGCUGCUUUGGAGAUGAUGUUUUUCUCAAACUCAAAACCCUCAAGAGACUACCAUUAUGCUGGCAGUGACAUUUGGCGGUUGAAUGAGCAGAAAUUGUUUCAUAAAGCCUUCAGCAUGUAUGGAAAAGACUUCUCAUUCAUUCAAAAAAUGGUGCAGUCAAAGGGGGUGUCACAGUGUGUGGAAUUCUACUAUCACUCCAAACGGCUCAGAGAGAAACAGAGGAAACUAAAGGAGAAAGAAACGCAACAGCAACAUCUGGCUGCAGAAAUACUUACUCCAACCAACCAGGUCAUGGUGAUGAACUCUAUUAAUGUAGACAGGCUAAUUCAAACGCCUGCACUGGCUCCAAGCUUUCCCUGCAAACAAUGUGGAAAGAUGUUUUACAAGAUCAAAAGCAGAAAUGCUCACAUGAAGAUCCACCGUCAGCAGCAGGAGGAUUGGAGGGACAGAAUCCAUCCUAACAAUCACCUUAGCCUGACCCAUGCCCUUCAGAACCAAAACCGAAACCUGAACAAUCCAAACCAGUUUGUUACCCAGGGUCACUCAAACCAGUUAUUAACCCAAAGCCUGAUCCAGAACCUGGUGCAGACUCAGGCUCAGCUCGCUUUUAUCCAGAGCAGUAAGACUCAAAGUCCUUGUUUCACUACUGCUAUCAGCAGUGCUAAUUCCUCACAAAGCCCACAGAUGGCUUCCAAAGCCCCAGCUCUACCACUUUACAGGGGUCCCCAACAGACAUGGGGUGCCAUUCAUGGUAGCUUGGAGUCUGGUCUGUAUUAUGACUAAUAGAGAAGGACAGGUGAGGAUUCAGGUUUUAGUUCAUAGCUAAAAUGCAAAGAUAAUUCUCAUUGUUGAUUUUAGGAACAGUAAAACUGACAUGUAGCUUAGGUUGUACAUAAUAGAAUUUGAAUCUAGGUUCAUUAAAUAUCUCAACUGACUUCACAUCUCUAUAACAAUGAUCCAGAUUUCAAGAUUGCCUAAUGUGUACUAUAAGUGCUUCUUCAUUCACUUAUAUUUAAGGCAAAUAAAAUGCUUACUUGUA